UACUCAAUCUACACUCCUUAAACUAAUUUUCGAGUCUUGCGACAUUCCCCAGAUCUAUUUUACGGGGUUGCGUAAACACUUCUUUCGAAUCUAACUAUAGUCGAUCAUUUCGGAGUCGAUCAUUUUCGCCAAACUUCCCUUACCGUGAUUAAGGCAUGCAGAGCGUGAUGAUAUCUUAAUUAUCUACUUACGACAAUUCCAAUUCAUUCAUUACAUAUUGAACCAAUCUUCAAGCCAGAAUUGAGUUCAUCGUUUACUUUACCAAGGACCGACGCCGGCGAAAUCCACAAUGAAUCGUUUUAGGACAAAGAAGAAGGCUAAGGAAGAGGCUUCGGCUCCUCGACCAUCGCAAGAUUCAGAGUCAUCUAUGCCUUUCCGACCAUUCAGGAAAGGAAAGAAGAAUCAGGAACCCGAAAAAGUUGAAAUCGACUUGUCUUCGGCCUUACCGUCUAGCGAUGACUUCCGUACAAGUUUGUUGAUGACAGGCCUUUCGGCAAGGUUCUCGAUGCUUCGGGAGCAAGAUGAUCCUAAUACCAAAGUCGGCAAGGCGAGUGAUGAUAGUGUCUUAUUCCCUAGACGACAAUCAAGGUUGGACUAUGGUGGAUUCCGCGGCUUAGGUGACAUUGCCGAAGUCGAAUCGAUCAAGGCCGCAGCUCCUUUCGCUCGAGGAAACUCUUACUAUUCGGAUGAUGCAGAUUCAAUGACGGGUAGUAGCAUCAUGGGACGAUCAAAACCGACCGAGGGUAAUAACCUAUUUGGCGGUAGACAAAAGAUUUAUAAAAUUCCAGUUGGAGCCGACUCAUCAAAAACUGUCGGUGGGGGAAUGGGUGGUCGAGCGUUGUACGAUGACGAUGUGGCGUUGUCGGCUUUCCAGAAAUGGAGGCAAGCCGAGAAGGAACGCAGAUCAUUCGAAGGUGACCGAGAUGAAAACGAAAAUAGAGAUUCCGAUGAGGUGGAAAGAGAUGCCCUUCGUGCAGAUUCACCUAUUCUCAGCAAUUACAACCAAAAGCGAGAAACAUCUUCGACAACAUCUUCCAUCCCAUCUCUUGCUAGAAACUCUACUGCGGCAACCUCAAUAACAUCUUCACAACGCGCUCCGUCGCUGAAAGACUGGCAACCUUCAACAGGUACUGCGCCUGUCCCUGAAAGGAAUGUCACACGAACUAGGCGACUGUACGAAUCCGGUCUGAGUAAUGACCUCCAAGAGCAGCAAUCGUCCGCAUUAUCGCGCAUUGAUACUCUAGCACGACAACGCACUUUUGGUACUCGAACACCUGAUCUGGCACAAAACUCACCAUCUCCUACAACACUAGGAUUUGCGGAACGGUUUGGAGGAGAGCGAAAGAUCCUAGCGAAGUCUAGUGCGCCUAACCUGCGAUCAAUGAGCCCUCCUGCAACCGCCUCUUCUGCUGGUACUCCUGAUCUAGGUGUUCGUGUGCCUAGUGCAACAGAGAUGAGAUCGAAUUUCGGAGGGACGCCACCACUAAGUCCGCCGAUUAGUGAGACUGGAGAAAAUUCACUCCUUUCAAUUCAUCCGAACGAUCGAGGUAAAGCUACAGCUCUCGGUGUCUUCCAAAAGCCUUCGCAACCAUAUGACGAGUCUCGAUAUGCUCAACGACAACUACAAAGACAACAAGGACGAGAAACGCCGACACUGAAAUCUCGGGACGAUCCAUCAGUGGGUUCGAUAAAUACCAGAUCCAGCUCAUCAUUGUCCAUUCAAAGGAAGGGAUCGGAGUCUAAACUAAGUGCUACACCAACUCCUAAGGAGGUGACACCUUCAAGCGAACAAUCCGCAACGUCUUUUCUAGCCGACCCUAACGACUCGGAUUGUUCACCUGUUCCAUCGCCGAAACAUGCUCCAUCUCCGCAAGUCUUGGUACGACGCCCCUCCGACCGUCAACACCCAGCACUCCGUAGCUCCGGCGAGCCAACACCAUCAUCAGCAGGGUUAACGUGCGGUGAUGAGCCCUCUCCAAUUCGUGAAAACCCAACCCUAUCCCCCAAUCCGAAAGGGGCCUCUCCCGCGGAUUCUCCCACAUUAGGUCCAGUCACGGGUGCUGGCUUGAGUGGUAUGGUGCGACAACAUCUGCGAGGUGAUAGCAAUGCUUCAUCAAUUUAUGGUGCAAUCCCUCCUACGUCAGGUUUAGAAUCGCGAUUCCCGGCGGAUCCAGAUACAGCGGAAUCUUUCAAUGACUUAGGUGCCGGUGUAAACCCAUGGGAUGCGAGUCGAGACUGGAGUUUGGACCUAGAUGUCAACGAGCCUAUGCCGGAUGUUCAAUCUCGAUCUUCCAACGUCCCCGACACGGAAGACUUUAUCAACAUUGGUCUUAGCACAACGCCUAGUGAUGAACGAGACGAAUUUGCGAGUCAACUGGCUGAUGGAGCUCGCCGAGUUCGUGAACGAUUAACCACCUAUGUCGAAACUGAUAGCCGCUCUACUUCCCCUCACCGACAAGGCGAGCCUGCAGACUCAUCCAGGGGCCUUUUACGACAAAAGGAAAGUCGAGGGUCAUUAAUUGAUAGAGGUCGAGAACCACCCCAAUCUAAGGCUAUGAAGAUGCUUGGGUUAGGAGGUUCAAAUAAUUCUCAAGCAUCAAGUCCAGUGCGCGAGCCAAAGAAAGAAGAAAAUACUAGGGAGUACAUCGAACCAGACGACAAGUCCGGCGAACCCGAGGAAGGGAAUCUGGGACUCCGAGCAUUCACAAAAGCGAGACGGGAAUUGCAAAAGGUGAAGGAACUAGAGACACAAGCCAGGCAUCAUCAACCCCAAGAUUCAGUACAAGAGAAUGAUUCCGUAAGGUCGACACCGACAGGAGGACAAUCCAGACAACAAUCGCCUGAACAGGAACAAAGACUCCUUCCCGUGACCUAUCAGCGACAGCCCCCAAGCGAGGAAUCAAGAGAAAACCGGUAUCGAGAACAAUCACGUUCCGACCGAAACCGAAGUGGUUCGGAUUCUAGCAACGAUGAACGAGUGAGGAGCCGACCUCCACGACCGACGAAUGGUUCCUCGAAUUUGCAAGUUAGCCCGAAUGGAACUACACAACGACCUCCAAUGCGCUCUCCUGGUCUCCCUGGAACAAACAUUAAGCAGUCACCAAUCAUGCCGCCCCAACCUUACCCAGGUUCCGUAAGAGCCAAGCAGUCAGCUUUCGGGUCUAGUGGCAAUCUUCGUGUUCAGACAGCACAAGGUUACGGCUCAAACCAGGCAUCUCCUAUGUCUCCUAUGCCUUCUCCGUAUUCGCAUAGUCCAACCACACCUAAUACUCUUCCAUCUUCGCCCCGCCCAUCAGCUUCUCCGAACCGCGGCCGCGAAAGCGUAGCCCCCGGCUUGAACGAAACCACAAGGCGUAAGAUUAGGACGAAGGACAUUUCUGAACCCACAUUCGUUACUUCGACGUCUCGAGUUCCAACGGUACCUCUACCUGACGCAUCGCGAAGUCGAUCUCGUAGCAACAGCCGAUCCGCUCCACCUCUACCUCCUAUCAACCCAAGACGUCGACAGGACUUUUCUAGCAAGCGAGCCGUCUUCGAUAACCUAAGCCGACGUAACGGUGAUGAACCCGAUAGUCGAAAUGAGGAGACAAGGCCCCCACCUAGACGAUUGCGUUCGGUGGCACCGGACGGUUCAGGUUUACCGCCCAGAUUGCCUAACAAUGCUCCUCCCGUUAGUGUUGGCCCUCCUGCGUCUAGACAGGUGGUGACCCAAGGACCAAAGCGUCCUGGUAUGGGACUACCCGGUGGUAUGAUUUAAUUUGUCAUACUCGAAAACCAACGGCUACGGUCCUUCUUUUUCCAAUGUUUGUUUUAGUUCCAAACCAAAGUGGUUGCCCCUUCAACAUUCACGAGACGUAAUGAGAUACCAAUUUCAAAUUAUUUUGCAAGGUUCGUGUGGGAUCAGCUCUACUAUCUAAUACA